AUGGUCGAGGGUGUGAAUUUGGCUCAGUGGACGCCUCCAGUGGAUUCUUGCAACUGGUUCUACCGGAUCCUGACAUCUGAUCAGCCAGAAACCAGGUCCUUUGCUUCUCCUUUUCCAGAUCCAAGGGAGUGGGCUCAGCUCUGGGCUUGGGGAACCCAGGCCAGUUCCAGCCAGACUUGGCCUCCUGACCCCAGACAGCCUGGGUCGCGCCGCCCCCCAGCCGCGGAGGCCGGCUGCCAAGAGUUCAAGACCUCCUCAUCCGGAUGUGAUGAAAAGGAGGAACAGAGAGAGAAGUGUGUGAGCCUGAAAGGAGUGGUGGAAGGGGAAAGGAGAGGCGGCGGGGGGGGGGGGGGGGGCGGUGCAGCGUCGUCCUUGUCCCUGGUAGCGGUGCUAGCCCAAGCCAGCCGGCGGGAAAGAGGGGGCGGAGUGCGCGCAAGUAGAGCCACCGCCGCGGUUGCCGCCACCGCGACCGACGACAUCUGGGCUGAGCCCCGGGGGAGGCGGGAGGGACGCGCAGGGGCGGCCGCCGCUGUCGUCAGGCCACCGGAGCGAUGCGGCCCCGACCCGAGCGUUGCUAACUUUCUGGGCCAGUAGAAGAGGACGAGGGGACUUGGAGCAUUUGGGGAAGGAAGGGAUGCCGAGGUAGGUGAAGCAGCGAGUUCCCAGCACCCGGGACCUAGGAGGCCGUCCUCGGGGCGCCCCGCGGGGCGGCGAGGCGAGCGGGCUCGGGGCGGCGCGGGCUCGGCGGAGCGGCCCAUGUCCGGCGCGGGCGAAGCCGUCGCUGCCUCGGCCGAGGCGGGCGGCGGCCGGCUGGGCUCCCCGGCCCCGGAAAAAUGUAAUAAUGAAGAUACUAAAAAAGAUACCAAUCAAGCUACCAAAAGCUACUUCACACAUGGAGAGAUGCAAGAGCAAUGCAUUUGGGGAAAUCCUUCAGAAGGUGAACUUGUCAGAACCCAACCUCAGCGCCUGCCUCAACCACAGACUUCAGUUCAGGAGCCCAGUGAGGAGGAAAUAGGCAAGAUAAAGAACGGAGGCCACGUGAAUCUGAGUAAUGGAAAUGGAAUUCACCAUGGGACCAAACAUUCAUCCACAGAUCAUCACAAACUUUCAGCUCCUGUUUCUCAAAAAAUGCACAGAAAAAUCCAGUCCAGCUUGUCUGUAAACAAUGAUAUCAGUAAGAAGAGUAAAGUAAAUGCUGUCUUUUCCCAAAAGACAGGCUCUUCACCUGAAGACUGUUGUGUCCACUGCAUCCUGGCCUGCUUGUUCUGUGAAUUCCUGACCCUCUGCAAUAUUGUACUGGGACAAGCUUCUUGUGGGAUCUGCACCUCAGAAGCCUGCUGCUGUUGCUGUGGUGAUGAGAUGGGGGACGAUUGUAACUGCCCCUGUGACAUGGACUGUGGCAUCAUGGAUGCCUGUUGUGAAUCAUCAGACUGUCUGGAAAUCUGUAUGGAAUGUUGUGGAAUUUGUUUCCCUUCAUAAGUAUUUAUCCUUGGUUUGUGUUAAAACUGGAGAACAUUUUAAAACUCUUUUUUUUGCUGUAAAGGGGGAGAAAUUCUCAUGAAGCAAUUUCGUAUUUGCACUGUUCAGUCAUUAUAUUAAGUAGUCUCUGAAAGCUUUUGUUAUCCUCUCACAAAUCCAUAUGGUUUAAUAUGUGAAAAGUUUGCUAGCUCAUAAUAAGCGAGGGACAUUUUGACACACACAUAUAUAUGCCCCAAAAUGUUAAAUGGCUCCUCUUUUUCUGCUGAUAUGUUUUGUCUAAGCUUUGUCAGGAGCCUUGUACUCCAAAUAUAUUAUUUCUUACUGAGUAUUUAAACGAGACCAUUUAUUUUUCGAUGAUUAUCUAUGAAAGGUAAAAAGUAAACACUCUUGGGCUGGGAAUGUGGCUUAGUGGUAGACUGCUUGUCUAGCAUGCGUGAAGCCU